AAGUUGUAAAACUUUCUCAUGUAAACCACAUGGUUUUUAAAAUUUGAAAUGUUAUCUCUUUUUUGGCUAAAAUUUGUUGAAAACAAAAUUUUCAUUCACAAAAAGUCAUUACUUAUUCACUAACAGAAAUGACUAGCGCUGAGGAGUGUUUCUGUGCAGUUCUAUUGUGGAACAUGGCAAAUUAUAACCUAUAUAUAAUGAAAAAUCUCUACAAGUUGGAAACACUCGUCUACUGCACUUAUAUAUGCUAUGCGUUAAGUAUAAUUUACAGAUGUAUUUUCUCAAGUAGGUCAGCAUAUAUUAAUAGCCAAUGUUUGAACACAUUGGCAAAUGUACUGCCAUGUAGCAUACUAUCUUAUGAAUAUGCCAAGAACUGUGGAGUUUCAUACGCUUCAAUCUUAUUGGUCCUUCCUAUUAUGUUCAUGUUCCAAAGGAUUUCAGGUAAACAUGAAUACAUGUUUGAAAACAAUGUGCCCAUUGUGGAUCUCGCUCACAUCAUGUCUCUUUGCUGUAUGAUAUAUGUCGGUGGUGGGCGUAACGAUCCAUUGGCUUUAUUGACUUCAGCUUCCUUCGCUAUUCUGCAUUUUUCACUUAGGGAUUUGAUGGAAAUUGAAAACACACUUGUAACUGUACUCGUAUGCUUUUUCGGUGGAAGACUCCUUCAGCAAUUUCAGUAAAACUUCAAGACAUUAAAGUAAUUUUUUCCCCAGAAAUGGUUUAUCGAGUAUUUUGGUUUUAGUAAUAGUAAAUAGUAUUAAGUAUGUAAUUAUUUGUUUUACUUUUUUGUUAUACUAAAUUA